AAUCCUUGACAGUAACCGUGGAGACUACAAUCUCUAACACAUUGGCAAGACCUUUUACAGUUGCAUGCAGGUAGCAAUCACAUUUGUCAGAACAAAAUGUAAACACGUUGAGAAAGAAGAAACUUUACAGGGAAAUCAUUGUUGCUACUUCUGGUAGGCUACUUCCUUUUUACGGAACUUCUUUGAAGAGCUUAUUUGAAGAAGGUCGUUCUUCAGGACGUGCCGAGCUUUCUGUUUUAGUUCACUUCAGCUGGGGUGUUUCGGAAGGCAAGGACACACAUUUGACCAGGAAAGUGCUCAGGACCAAGGGUCAAGAGCACUGUGAGAACGCAUCACCUGAAGAUGGCAAAUGACAAGAGCAACGCGUUCGAAUCGCUUUAGGACGCAACAUUGGACUCCAAUUCAGUCAACGAUAUUGAUGUAUAUUCUUUAGAAAUUAUAUCAGCAAAUAAGAAUGCUUUGCAUGCAUGUUAAAUCCAUAUCGUAUUUUUAAUUUUAGUUAAGUAUAUUGUUUUUACUUUGAGUUUGUAGACGUUUUUUUUUUCUUUAGAGGAACAAUACCAUGAAGUUCAACGGGUAUCUAAAGAUUAGAAUUGGUGAGGCGUUGGACCUCAAACCAACUACUUUUUCCCUUCGCCAUUCUACAAUGUUCAACAAAACAGCUCCCACUUUGGACCCUUACAUUGUGAUAAAGGUGGACGAGUACAAAAUUGGACAGACGCAUACAAAGCAGAAAACCAACAUGCCAACUUACAACGAAGAGUUCUGCCUCAAUGUCAACGACGGCAAGCAUAUAGAGUUGGCUGUAUUUCACGAUGCGCCCAUAGGGAAUGACGAUUUUGUUGCUAACUGCACAUUUCAAUUUGAGGACCUGAUGAAAACCUUGAACACAGAAGAGACUUUUGAAGGAUGGGUGGACCUGGAGCCAGAGGGCAAGGUGUUCAUCCUCAUAACACUCAAUGGCUCCUUCAUUGAUGAUGACGCCACGGGGAAGGCCAAGGUGUUCAAGCAGUUCAACAGGAAGAGGCAAGGGGCCGUGAAACGCAAGAUCCAUCAGGUCAACGGACACAAGUUCAUGUCCACCUUCCUACGGCAGCCCACCUUCUGCUUCCACUGCAAAGAGUUCAUCUGGGGUGUGUUUGGGAAGCAGGGCUACCAAUGCCAAGUAUGCACGUGUGUGGUUCACAAGCGAUGUCAUCAGUUGGUUGUCACGGUGUGUCCACGUAUGAAGAAGCCUGUCAAGGAGCCGACCACCAACCAAGGCUUCAGUAUCAACGUCCCUCACAAGUUCAACAUCCACAACUUUAAGGCUCCCACCUUCUGUGACCACUGUGGUUCUCUACUGUGGGGCCUUGUCAGACAGGGUCUCCACUGCAAGAGCUGUAAGAUGAACGUGCACAUCCGCUGUAAGGGCAACGUAGCACCCAGCUGUGGGGUCAACAGUGUGGAGCUGGCCAACAAGUUGGCAGAGAUGGGCCUGCAGGCCGGGGGGUUCUCCAAACGCAAUUCGCUGUCCACUGGAGUGCAGGGCCAGGAGCGGGCCCUCAGUGUGAGGAGAGAGAGUGAAACCCCUCAGCAGCAGACCAGACAUCUGGGCAUCUCUGACUUCACCUUCCUUCAGGUGUUGGGGAAGGGUAGCUUCGGCAAGGUGAUGCUGGCUCGGUUGAACAGCGGUGAGCGGGUGUUUGCAGUGAAGGUGCUGAAGAAGGACAUAAUUCUGCAGGACGAUGAUGUUGAGUGCACCAUGACAGAGAAGAGAGUGCUGUCACUGGCCAGCUCCCACCCAUACCUCACUCAGCUCUACUGCUGCUUUCAGACACCGGACCGCCUGUUCUUUGUGAUGGAGUUUGUCAAUGGAGGCGACCUCAUGUUCCACAUCCAGAAGUCCAGAAAGUUUGAGGAGUGCCGCGCUCGCUUCUACACCGCCGAGAUCACCUCUGCACUUAUGUUCCUGCACAGCAAGGGCAUCGUCUACAGGGAUCUGAAGUUGGACAAUGUGCUCCUUGAUAAGGACGGGCACUGUAAGCUGGCUGAUUUCGGCAUGUGCAAGGAGGGCAUGUUUGAAGGUGUGGCCACAGGCACCUUCUGCGGGACUCCGGACUACAUCGCCCCAGAGAUCCUUCAGGAGAUGCAGUACGGGCCGUCUGUGGACUGGUGGUCUCUCGGCGUGCUGCUCUAUGAGAUGCUGUCUGGCCACGCCCCCUUUGAGGCAGAGAACGAGGACGACCUGUUUGAGUCCAUCCUGAAUGAGGAGAUCAGCUAUGCAUCCUGGCUGAGUGCUGAGGCAGUCAAUAUCCUGAAAGCUUUCCUGACUAAGAACCCUGCCCGGCGUCUAGGCUGCGUGGCGGCGGAGGGUGGGGAGAACGCUGUGACUAACCACGUCUUCUUCACUGGAAUCAACUGGGACAAGCUGAACUGCAGGGAGCAGGAGCCACCCUUCAAACCCCGCAUCAAAACUGCAGAGGACGUGAACAACUUUGACCCAGACUUCACCCAGGAGGAGCCCACCCUGACGCCCAUUGAGGAUCUCCUUCCCUCUGUCAACCAGGACGAGUUCCACAACUUCUCUUUCACCUCUCCUGAGCUGCUGGACGACUAGGAGGCCCUGUGUGACCCCCCCGCACCUCCAGAUGACUGGAGCCAUACAGGAUCACAAUGUGUCUAGCUCUGGCUAGAUCACUGGCACAGUUGACUGUUUGGCACUGCCUUAGCCUGUAUCUCUAAUUUUGAAAGGCAGUUUAGACUCAGCCCUCAUCACUGUGGUAUAUGACUGUCUGGUUCUCUGUAUAUAUUCCCUUCAUCUUUGGAAAACAUGGGACAGUCUUGACUUGUAACCUUGUGUAUUAAUGCGUAGUAAUGCUCUUACAGUAUCUGACUGCAAUGCAAAGCAAUUUUAAUGGCAAUUUGUCCCCUGAUAUGGAAUGAUGAAUUUGCCUACAGGUACUUCAAGAUGAAUACAAGCACUUUUUGAACUAAUGGGAAGUGUGUGUGUCUGUGUGUGUCUUUUAUUAAUUUGGCAUACCUUUUGUUCAAUGCUGGGAUCAUUAUUCAUCAAAACUGCCUGUGACUCUAGCACAAAUGAUGGCAGGGUAAAGGGUAACGUAAUCAGCACUGCAAAGGUUUCCCAGAACAACUGAGCUGCUCGUUAAUACUGGAAGGACUGCAGAGGGGGCUGUGUGAAAUAGUUUCUCAGUGACGUAAGUCCUUUACGGAGAACACACACUCAAACACACACUCACUCACUCACUCACUCAUUCAUUCGAGCAGAUACAUGUCAGACACUUUCCCCCUAAACUCAAACACAGGGAUGUGGUAUGUGGAGAGAGAGGAAGGGAGAGAGGGAGACAUUGUCUUACCACUUGUUUUGUCUCUGCUUUUUAAGAAUACAUCUCACCCUGUGCCCUGUCAAAAUGGUACAUUGCUAAAGCUUUGUUCUCUGCAUUUAAGAUGGGUUUAUGAAAGCAUGUUCUUAUGAGAAUGUUUUUAUACCUAAUUUUCUGAAGGAAUCUUUUGUCAUUGGUCAACAUUGCGAGAUGAUGCAACAUUUCAUCUGAAUUGAAUGAACUGGUGAUUCAGAGUUGUUGUGAAAUUUCAUAAAGUUUUUCUCUGUGCAUCUGCCUGCACAUGUCAGCACCUGGUGAAGAGUUGGGCAAAUUGAGAAGGUAUAGCAGAUGUCAGACAAUCAAGAAAACCAAUUACGAACAUGCCAAUUGUCCAAACAAAAGCAUAUUUUUAGGUUUAUAUGGAUUAAGGUAUGCUUUAAUAACUGCCAAUACCUCAAUUCUUUCUUUCCAUGUUAAUCCAGUUCUAUGUGAUCACAGUCCUUCAACAGUUAAAUGAAUACCAUUUAUUCAUUUCCCCCCCAGACCCACCCUUUCUCACACACUCACAGAAUUUAUCUGCAAUGAGACAUUCCUUGUUUGUGGGCAGACAUGCUGGUAGACAGGCUGCAGGCUGCCAACACAGUGAAAGCUGUUUUCAAGGCUGUAAAACCAUGAAGGUGAUGGAAAAUUUUCUCCAGUGCCUUCAGAAAGUAUUCAUACCCCUAUUCAUACCCCUUUUUUUGUGUUCUAGCCUGAAUUGAAAAAUGUGUAAAUGUAUGUUUUUCCUCACCCAUCUACACACAAUACGCCAUAAUGACAGUUGUAGCAAUUUAAAAAAAAAAAUGAAAUACAGAAAUAUCUAAUUUACGUAAGUAUACACAUCCAUAAGUCAAUUCUAUGUAGAAUCACCUUUGGCAGUGAUUACAGCUGUGAGUGUUUCUGGGUAAGUCUCCCAAGGGCUUUCCACACGUGGAUUGUGCAAUAUUUGCCUAUUUUUAUUAUUUUCUCAUUUCUUCAAGCUCUGAUAAAUUUGUUGUUGAUUAUUGCUAGACAACCAUUUUAUAGUCGUGCCAUAGAUUUUCAAGUAAAUUUAAGUCAAAACUGUAACUCGACCACUGAGGAAGAUUCACUUUCUUCUUGGUAAGCAACUCCAGUGUAGAUUUGACCUUGUGUUUUAGGUUAUUAUCCUGCUGAGAGGUGAAUUCAUCAUCCAGUGUGUAAGGGGUGUGGAACUGGUGGCAGAGAAGUCCGACGCAGGAGAGCAGAACUGGGUAAUAACCGGAGCAGUUUAAUAUACAAAACCACCGGCAUCCAGAAUAACAACGUAUGGGUACAAAACCCGUUGCACACCAGACAACAAUGUGCACAAGCACUUACAACAAACAAUUCCACACAAAGACAUGGGGGGAACAGAGGGUUAAAUACACAACACGUAAUGAGGGAAUGAAAACCAGGUGUGUGGGGGGAAAAAAAAAAUGAUUGGCUAGAAGACUGGUGACGUCGAACACCGCUCGAACAAGGAGAGGAACCGACUUCGGUAGAAGUCGUGCCACAGUGUCUGGGGGAAAGGAGAAUGAACCAUUUUUUUCUCUAGGAUUUUGCCUUUGCUUAGCUCCUUCCCAUUUUAUUUUUUAUACAAAAAAACUCCCCAGUCCUCAAGCAUAACAUGAUACAGCCACCACUAUGCUUGAAAAUAUGGAGAGAGGUACUCAGUAAUGUGUUUUAUUGGAUUUAAGUAUGAAUUGCUUUGCUGCAUUUUUUUGCAGUAUUACUUUAGUGUGUUGUUGCAAACAGGAUGCAUCUUUUGGAAUAUUUUUAUUCUGUACAGGUUUCCUUCUUUUCACUCUGUCAAUUAGGUUAGUAAUUGUGGAGUAACUACAAUAUUGCUGACCCAUCUUCAGUUUUCUCUUAUCACAGCCAUUAAACUCUGUAACUGUUUUAAAGUC